UAUGGUCCCUCCUUCAAUUUAUAAUAUUUCUUCUUUAAGAUGGUAUCUAGUUCCUCAAAACCAACUGCAAGGCGAGCUACCUCCAAAUGUCGGUACUACUCUUCCAAAUCUUGAAUUAUUUUCCUGUCAUUUGAACAAAUUCACAGGUAAUAUUCCUAUCUCCUUGUCAAAUGCUUCUAGACUUUCGGUUAUUGAUUUUUCAACCAAUGACUUCACUGGGACAAUCCCUGCAAGUUUUGGGAACUUGAAAAACUUGGUUAGACUAAACAUAGCUGGCAAUUUACUAGGAAGUGGGAAAACUGGUGACCUGAAUUUUCUUAGCUCCUUGGCCAAUUGUACUAUCUUGGAGGCUUUGGGUAUUUCCAAUAAUCAAUUUGGAGGAGAAUUGCCGAGAUCCAUAGCCAACCUUUCUACUAGUCUUCAAAUGCUUGCUGUAGGUGGCAAUUUGAUACAUGGAAGCAUCCCUAUCGGCAUUGGAAAUCUUAUAGGCUUGACUCUUUUGGCAGCGGAUUAUAGCUUUUUAAGUGGUAAUCUACCCGAUGAAAUUGGAAAGUUUCACAAGUUAGGGGAACUGUAUUUGAGUGGUUGCAUGUUUUCGGGCCGAAUCCCAUCGUCCCUUGGAAACAUGACUUCAUUGACAAAGCUUUACAUGGACCGGAAUAGGUUUGAAGGAAGCAUUCCUCCAACUCUUGCAAACUGCCAAAUUCUAUUAAUACUUAAUCUUUCUAGUAACAAUAUCACAGGAGCCAUACCUAGAGAGCUUAUUGGGCUCUCGUCCCUUUCAAUCUAUUUAGGCCUGGCUAACAACCAUUUAACUGGUGCACUGCCACAGGAAGUAGGUAAUUUGGCCAAUCUCGCGGAGUUAGAUGUAUCAGGAAAUCAGUUAUCAGGUAAUAUUCCAAGUGCCCUAGGCAAUUGUAUUAUGUUGGUGCGCCUAUGCUUGGCAGAUAACAAAUUUGAAGGAACAAUUCCUCAAUCUCUUAAAAGUUUAAGAAGCUUGGAAGAGAUGGAUAUUUCGAGCAAUAAUUUUUCUGGGCAGAUUCCUGAAUUUAUAGGCAAGUUAAAAUUUCUCAAGAAUCUUAAUGUUUCUAAUAAUAUUUUCGAGGGUGAACUGCCUAAAGAAGGGAUUUUUCUAAAUGCAAGUGGUCUCUCAAUUCUUGGAAAUGGUGGGCUUUGUGGCGGCAUCCCACAAUUAAGUCUACCUUCAUGCUCCAACUCAAAGGUUCGUUCAUCUCGAGGACUGCUUGCCCCGAAAGUAGUCAUCCCUGUAGCUUGUGCGCUUGCAUUCAUAAUUGCUUUGUCAUGCUUCAUUGUUGCUCGUUCAAGACGCAAACAUGUAACUUUGCCUUCCCAUAAGGAUUGGAAAAUGGGUGUCUCUUACUCGAAACUUGUUGAAUCAACUAAUGGGUUCUCCGUGGACAAUCUUAUUGGUACAGGAAGUUUUGGUUCAGUUUACAAAGGCAUAAUCCCUAGUGAUGGAACCAUAGUUGAAGUUAAGAUAUUAAACCUUCAACAAGAAGGAGCUUCCAGGAGUUUCAUCCGUGAAUGUAAUGCUUUAAGAAGCAUAAGGCAUCGUAAUCUUCUCAAGAUCAUAACUGCCUGCUCAAGCAUUGACAAUCAGGGCAAUGACUUCAAAAGUUUAGUUUUUGAGUACAUGGUAAAUGGAAGUCUUGAUGCGUGGCUGCAUCCAAUAGAGCAGUCUCAGAGUAAGAGAUUGAGCCUUAUACAAAGACUCAAUAUUGCGACUGAUAUUGCAUCAGCAUUGGAUUACCUCUACCACCAUUGUGAUACGUCGAUUGUUCAUUGUGAUCUAAAGCCAAGUAAUGUUCUACUUGAUGAAGAUAUGGUGGCUCAUGUUGCUGACUUUGGUUUAGCAAGGUUCCUCUUAGAAGCGGUGGAUAACCCCUCUCAAAGUCAAACCAUGUCAGCUAGGCUAAAGGGUUCCAUUGGCUACAUUCCUCCAGAGUAUGGCAUGGGAGGUGAAGUAUCCAUACUAGGAGAUGUUUAUAGCUUUGGGAUACUGUUGCUAGAAAUGUUCACGGGAAAAAGACCUACCGAUGGAAUGCUUGGAGAUGGUAUAAAUAUUCACAAUUUCACAGCCUUGGGGAUGCCUGAUCAUGCCAUGGACAUAGUUGACCAUUCAUUGCUCACUGAAAGAGAAGAUGCAGAUGCUAAUGAUAACAGAUACGAAGAUGAGGUACAAGAACCUAUCACAAAUCGCCAUGACCACUGCCUGGUACAAGGAAGAAAAUUGGAGGAAUGCUUGGUUUCAGUGAUGCAGAUAGGACUAGCAUGCUCUGCAAUAUCCCCGGGAGAGCGGAUGCAUAUGAAUGUUGUUGUCAACAAAAUGAAGGCAAUUAGAGACUCAUUUAUGAAAUUAUGAAGACGAAGCUGUAUACGAGAUUGGGCUAAGUUUCUUUUCUUAAUCUCACUCUUUAGACUCUUAUAUAUGCCAGAGCAUAAUUUGCUAAAGAUAGUAUAUUUACCAAUGUGUAUCGUAUGUAAAGUUGAUCUAGUAUUUUAUAAUUACAUUUUAGCAUAAGGGAAUAUUGUUUUGUUCUGUUUACACUUUCUCUGUUUGUAUCGUACUACUACUAAAGAAGAGCUAGGUCGAGUAUAAUCUUUGUGAAA